AUGGAAUUACCUUUCGAAUUAUUCGAAGUCACACCUUUAACUUCAAAUGCAGAAUCUAGUAAGGAGAAUGUGGAUUCUAUAGAUGAAGAAACUGAAAGGUAUCAAACUACAAUUGAUGAAUUAAUCAACAAACUAAAGUUAUGCUGUUCAUAUAAAAAUAAGUGCAGUGAUAAGGUUUUGCCAGACCUAUUGCAAUUUUUAGUAUCAGAAAGUAUUAAAAUAAAUAAACAACAACGACAUUAUUCAAUGAUAAUACUUAUGGCCUCCUCUAAUAAAAGACCACACAAACAACAAUUCCAUAUCAAAUAUCAACUACUGUACUUCAGUGAAGUUUGCAGUUCUUUUUUUCAAAUAUUUUGGACAUGUGGUAGAGAUGCAUUUUAUCAUCUUUGUAGACAGGUUCAAGAAAAGCAAUCAAUGCUUCCCCAACCUCAUAGAACUAUUGGCCAUUUACCUGUUAAUAAGUUAUCUGUUAAAACAGUUAGUGAAGUAAAAUUUUUCAUUAAAUCAGUUAGAAAACAAUAUAGUGAGGUGUUGGCAGUUCAGAA